AUGUCCCUGGAUUCAAUUUCCCAUGCCAAUGGCGCAUUGGCAUUCGGAACGACGGAGCUCGCAUUUCUGGCACUCUACGCAGCCUUAGUCUUGCUUGUGCCAGGUAAUGCUACCGUUAUCCGCCUCACCGGGGUGGUUUCCUUGUUCCUCUUGACAUACGUUAUCCAGGCAACUUUCUUCCAAUGGUGCAGCAACCCCCACUGGAGGGGAUUUGUUGCUGCUUCUCUGCCCGUCCAGCUCAUGAGCGCCUCAGACAUCAUCUUCAUCACGCGCCUGGAUUCAAAAAGCAUUCUCGGGAGCAGCAUUGCCAAUAAAGCCUACCGGGCGAUUGUACUUCUCAUGAAUCAACGUCGCAUCGGAACCAUGUUUCAGGUUAAGAACAUCCGGGCCCCGACAUCCUUGACCCGAGCUCGAUUCCUCCGGGAUAGGUUAAUCACUACCUUCCUCGCCUACCUCACCCUGGAUGCCCUGAUUUCGAGCCCUGCGGCACCUGCAUUCAUGAUCACAGCUCAGAAGCAAAGCCUGCUUCACCUCAAUGCCCUAUCAAAAGCCGACAUCAUCUUCCGCGUCACCGGAACUCUUUACUACUGGCUCAGCGGUUUUGUUCUCCUCCUCGUCGUUUCCAACACCAUCGCCAUCGUCCUCGUCGGCAUCGGACUCAGCUCGCCGCAGGACCGUCCACCGCUCUUUGGCUCCAUCUGUGACGCGUACACCAUCCGCAACUGUUGGGGCAACGUCUGGCACCAGUGCCUCCGCCGCGGCCUCACCAGCCAUGCCAAUUUCAUUUCAGACCGGAUCCUGCGCAUCCCACGCGGCACUCUCCUGUCACGGUACACGCGCAUCUUCACGGUCUUUUUGAUCUCCGGCAUCAUCCACCACGUCUGCGUUCUGGGCAUGGGCGUGCCGAGCGAAGAGGCGGGCGGCUUGGUGUUCUUCCCGCUGCAGGCGCUGGGAAUCAUGAUCGAAGAUGCGGCGCAGGCGGCGUUGGUGGGCAGGAAGGGGUUUAGGAGCGCUUGGGUCAGGCGCGUGCUGGGGUAUGCCUGGGUCGUGGCCUUUUUGGCUUGGUCGUCGCCGACGUGGUUCUAUCCCCAGUCGAGAGUGGGAACGGAUCCGGAACUUUUGUUGCCGGUGAGGGUGGCGAGGCCUUUGGUUGGAUUGCUGAAACGGCUCGUGGGUCCUUGA